AUGCUUUCCAAACAAAGCCGGGGGCCCCCCUCCGCCCCCCGCGGCGCCGCCGCCGGCCCCGACUUUGGGGGCCCCCCGAUUUCUUAUUACGACGAAGACACAGACGAGGAGAUCUUUGACGGGUCUUCUCGCGGCUUCGAGCCGCUGCAGCAGUUCGCGCUGCAGCAGCAGCAGCAGCAGCAGUUCGCGCUGCAGCAGCAGCACUUCGUGCUGCAGCAGCAGCAGCAGCAGUCGCUUCCGGCUGCCUACAGCAGCAGCGGCAGCUGCGGCAGCUUGGCUGCUGCAGGCCCCCCUCCCCGCUGCGGGGAGGGGCCCCCUCCCCCUGGGGGCCCCCCCUCCCCCGGGGGCCCCCCCUCC